AUGAGCAGGAAACAGAAGGCGCUCGCCCAGGAGGAGGCGCAGAGGAAAGCGAGGGAAGCUGCGAUGCUGCCACGACAACCCCCGCGCCUGCCCUCACACUCGACCCUCCCCCAGAUUGAGUCUUUUGGCGGCGAAGCAUACCGCCCCGACUCGGUUGCCAUUGUCUCCAACAGGGUCGGCAACUACGCACACAACUUCAGCAGGCCGUCCGUCGACUCGCACAGAAUGGCGCCCCAGCCCGACGCCCACGCCCACGCCCACGCCGUUGCGCCGCCCAUGCCAGGCAACGCAUCUGCCACCUACAUGGACUUCGACCCCUACCCGCGCACCGAGAGCAUGACCCACCGCGGGCGCUACAGCUAUGCCAGCAGCCAGAUCAGCACCGUCAACAGCCCGCGUCGCGUGCGGAGGCGGAAGGACCCCACGCCCUUCAACAUCCUCGUCAUUGGCACAAAGAAUUGCGGCAAGUCCUCGUUCAUCGAGUUCCUCCGCACCGUGCUCGCACUGCCCAAGAAGAAGCGCCCCAACACCCCCUCCCCACCAGCCACUGCCGUCGGCGAGGACUCGACCUUCACCUCGCAGUAUCUCGAAACCGAAGUUGACGGCGAGCGUGUUGGUGUCACGCUAUGGGACUCUGAAGGCCUGGAGAAGAAUAUCGUCGACUUCCAGCUGCCCAUCGUUACUUCUUUCCUCGAGAGCAAAUUCGAGGAUACUUUUGGCGAAGAGCAGAAGGUUGUCCGUGCUCCUGGCGUAAAGGACACCCACAUUCACUGUGUCUUCCUGGUCCUGGAUCCGAGGCGCGCAAACGCUCCCAACGUCGUCAAGGCCGGAAGUGCCAUUUUUGGCGGUCUCGACGAGAACCCUCGACCUGAAUGA